AAGAAAGAAAAGAACUUGUAAUGCUGUUCUCUCCUGACUCCUAAAAUGAUUAGUCAAUUUUGUUUGCAUGCAGUGGAGGAGUGCUUAUAACAAAAAGUUGAACGUGUGGCCUUGGCUUGGGGCCAUGCACUACCUUCCACAAACACCGCGACCACAACAAAACCAGAAACUACUCUUGCUUCCUCUCUCUCUCUCUCUCUCUUCCCUCUCUAUCUCUUCAACAAUGGAAAACCAUGGAAAUGGAGUAAUCAACGUAGUAGGAGCAGACACUGCUGGUACUACAGCCCCAGCAACCAUCACCAUUAAAGGCAUUCUUGGAUUGUUAAUGGAAACCAUUAACGAGGGUAAUGAAAAACGAGUCAUUUCUCUUGGUAUCGGUGACCCAACUGCUUAUUCCUGCUUUCACACACCCCAUGUUGCCCAAGAUUCAGUUUUUGACACUCUUCAAUCUCAUAAGUUCAAUGGCUAUGCCCCCACUGUUGGUCUUCCUCAAACUAGAAGAGCAGUUGCUGAGUAUUUGUCGCGUGAUCUUCCAUACAAGUUAACGUGCGAUGAUGUUUUUAUCACAUCUGGUUGCACACAAGCUAUUGAUGUUGCAUUGACAAUGCUUGCUCGUCCUGGUGCAAACAUAUUGCUUCCAAGGCCUGGUUUUCCCAUUUAUGAACUUUGUGCUGCUUUUAGACAUCUUGAAGUUCGUCACUUUGAUCUAGUCCCUCAGAAAGGAUGGGAAGCUGAUCUUGAUUCACUUGAAGCUCUAGCAGAUCACAACACGGUUGCUAUGGUAAUUAUAAACCCUGGUAAUCCUUGUGGGAAUGUAUACAGUUAUAAGUAUUUGGAAAAGGUUGCAGAAACUGCAAAAAAGCUUGGAAUCCUUGUGAUUGCUGAUGAAGUCUAUGGACACCUUGCUUUUGGAAGCAAUCCCUUUGUACCAAUGGGUGUCUUUGGAGAAACUGUUCCUGUUCUUACUCUUGGAUCCCUAUCAAAGAGAUGGAUAGUGCCUGGAUGGCGACUUGGUUGGUUCGUGACAACCGAUCCAUGUGGCAUGUUUAGAGAACCCAAGAUAGUUGAGCGUAUUAAGAAAUAUUUCGAUAUCUUGGGGGGGCCAGCAACCUUCAUUCAGGCGGCAGUUCCACGCAUCCUUGAGGAAACAGAAGAGGUUUACUUCAAAAGAACUAAUUAUCUCCUUAAGAAGAGCUCGGAUAUUUGCUGUGAUAGGAUAAGGGAGAUUCCUUGCAUUAUUUGUCCACACAAACCAGAGGGAUCUAUGGCUGUAAUGGUCAAACUGAACAUCUCACUACUGGAUGACAUUAGUGAUGAUAUCGAUUUUUGCUUCAAACUCGCCAAAGAGGAAUCUGUGAUCAUCCUUCCAGGGACAGCAGUGGGACUCAAAAAUUGGCUUCGAAUUACAUUCGCUGUUGAUCCAUCCUCUCUAGAAGAAGCAUUAAAGAGAACUAAGUGUUUCUAUCAAAGGCAUGCCAAACUAGUGUAACAUUCAUAUUUGCGAUGGUGUUGCCUUUUUUGGUCUUCUUAUAGAAUUAGUGUUCUUCCACACGUACAAUGUUUCUCGCUCAUUUGCAAUACCAUCAAAAUAUACGACCUUAUAUUAUGUAAAGUCAUUGUUCUAAUUAAAAGUAAAUAAAUCCAAUAUAAGUCUUGGCCAAAGAUUGAUUUGGUUCUAUAUUA